AGUCCUCCUCUGGCCAGAGAGGACCUAAUCGUUUAAGGGAUUGGCUUAAGGAAGAGCUUAAAGUAUUUCCGGGCAAAGAGGUCACGUCGCUUUUCUCUUCACCGUUAUCUCCUCGGUUUCUCGUCGCCUCAGGAGGAGCGAAUUUGAGGCUCUCGUGAGGAGCUAAUUCCAGCCAGGCGCGUGCAACAGGGAUCGACGAUGAAGGCCACCGUGUCUGUCCUCCGUUUACCCCGGGGACCCGAUGGGUCAAGCCGCGGUUUUGAUCCCAGCUCCCCUCGCUUCCAGGCUCUGGGGCCCAGCAGCCUGCCUUCCGUAGCAUACAAGGACCCGGCCGUCCUAGAGGAGGAGCAAGAAGCACGGGUCGCUCUACGGGAACGCUACUUACGCAGCCUCUUGGCCAUGGCUGGCCAGCCGGUGAACUUCACCAUGUACGAGAAGGUCAACGUCACGGCCUUCUUUGGCGCCUCGGACAUCGACAUCCUGAACUUCCAGGUUUCCCAGCUUCAGACUCCUCUGGGGGUUCAGAGGGAAGCCCUCCUGCGUUGCUCGGACAUUAUCGCGUAUUCCUUUGAAGCCUGAAGGGCGACCUCUUCAGAUAGGAGAGCCUCAGAGGAUGGCCGAGACUCAGAGUUGCGUCCGGACAUUUGUUGUUGGUUUUGAGUCACAGCUUUUAAAAUAAAAUGAAUCUCGACACCCAGCACAAACGAAGCCACCGGGAUUUCUCUGUAAGAUCAGAGCAGCUACUCCAGAAACGGGAGGCUGCUAAGAGCUCAGCGAUCCGUCUACAGGUAGUCCUCAGCUUAUGACCAGUUACUUAGUGACUGUCAAAAUUAUGACAGAUUCCGGAAAAGAGUCUUAAGACCCGGUUUUCACGUGUGAAUGUCCCCACCUUGGUGGUCACAGGACCGCAUUUUGGGUGCUCGGCAACCAGGCCGCUGUCACAAGACUGCAGUUUACAACGUUUUUGUCUGGAAGGGGCUGUUUGCUUUCAGCUCCUGGCAAAAAAACUCCCUGUGGGAAACAACAGGUUUGUUUUAUGGCCGCCUGCCUGCCUGCCUGCCUCACUCUACAACGGCCACCCAAAAAUGUAGUAAAAUCAGGUCCAGUUAUGCGGUGGCCCCCUUACAGCCAUCAAAACCUACUGUCAACUCAUAAAAUCUUUCUCUGGUCUUUGCCAACAGAAAGGGAGAGGCGAGCAGUG